CACGCGACGAGAUAUAAAGCAGUCAGGAAACAAUGCGCCUGCAGAUCGCGCUCCCGCGUCGAUCCCGGGAGCGUCCUGGCUGCCGUGUGCGAGCGAGGCGGGGGGAGCGCGCGCGGGGGGCGCGCUCGUGAGUGCGGGGCCGCGCGCUCGGUGGCGCGCAUGUGUGUGUGCGGGCUGCCGGGCUUCCCCGAGCCGGCGGGGAGCCGCUCCGCUCCAGGUGGCGGGCGGCAGGAGCGAGGGAGCGGACAUGGACUUCGACUCGUAUCAGCACUAUUUCUACGACUAUGACUGCGGAGAGGAUUUCUACCGCUCCACGGCGCCCAGCGAAGACAUCUGGAAGAAAUUCGAGCUGGUGCCGUCGCCCCCCACGUCGCCGCCCUGGGGCUCCGGUCCCGGCGCCGUGGACCCAGCCUCUGGGAUUAGUCCCGGGGAGCCGUGGCCUGGAGGGGGUGCCGGGGACGAGGCGGAAUCUCGGGGCCAUUCGAAAGCUUGGGGUAGGAAUUAUGCUUCCAUCAUUCGCCGUGACUGCAUGUGGAGCGGCUUCUCCGCCCGGGAACGGCUGGAGAGAGUGGUGAGCGACAGGCUGGCCCCAGGCGCGCCCCGGGGGAACCCGCCCAAAGCACCCGCUACCCCGGACGGCACUCCUAGUCUGGAAGCCAGUAACCCGGCGCCCGCCACCCAGUGUCAGCUGGGCGAGCCCAAGACUCAGGCCUGCUCCGGGUCCGAGAGCCCCAGCGAUUCCGAAGGCGAAGAGAUUGAUGUUGUAACGGUGGAGAAGAGGCGAUCUCUGGACAUCCGAAAGCCAGUCACCAUCACAGUGCGAGCAGACCCCCUGGACCCCUGCAUGAAACACUUCCACAUCUCCAUCCACCAACAGCAGCACAACUAUGCUGCCCGGUUUCCUGCAGAAAGUUGCUCUCAAGAGGGGGAUCCUGAGGCAGGUCCCCCAGAAGAGGCUCUAGAGAUAGAAGCUCCCAAGGAGAAAGAGGAGGAGGAGGAGGAAGAAGAGGAGGAGGAAGAGAUUGUGAGCCCCCCACCUGUAGAGAGUGAGGCUCCCCAGUCCUGCCACCCCAAACCUGUCAAUUCAGAUACUGAGGACGUGACCAAGAGGAAGAAUCAUAACUUCUUGGAACGGAAAAGGAGGAAUGACCUCCGUUCACGGUUCCUAGCCCUGCGGGACCAGGUUCCCACCCUGGCCAGCUGCUCUAAGGCCCCCAAAGUCGUGAUCCUAAGCAAGGCGUUAGAAUAUUUGCAGGCUUUGGUGGGGGCCGAAAAGAAAAUGGCUAUGGAGAAAAGGCAGCUCCGGUGUCGGCAACAGCAACUGCAAAAAAGAAUUGCGUACCUCAGUGGCUACUAACCGACCAAAAAGCCUGACUUCUCUGUCUUAACAGACGCAAGCUUAGUUUUUAACCUCUCUCUCCCUUUUAGUAAUUUGCACAUUUUGAUUACAGCGGAGCAGUCUGGAUAGUAGAUCCCAGAAUGCAUUGCAGCCAGUGCGCACACAAUAAGGGCUUGCAUUCUUGGUAACCUCGAAACCCAAUUCUCCCUCUUCCCUGACUCAUGGGAAUGCUGUCCUUCUCUGGCGCCUUUGGCUUCUCAGCAGGCAGCUACUGAGGAGAUUUGGGGUCUGCUUAGCUCACUAGCUCCUGACGAAAGGCUGACAGAUGCUAUGCAACAGGUGGUGGACGAUGUCGGGGCUGCAGCCUACGUGAAAUCUCACACUGUGCUGGAGCUUUAGGCUAGGAAAGGAUGCUGCUCUCACUGCUGUCUCUGGGGAUGAUCUGAGGACAGCUGGGCCUGGAUACUGUCCCCUGGGGCUCUGUUUUCCAGGAGACAAGCGAGCUGUCCUGGGCGGAGACAAGCAAGCAGACUUGAUCAGCGUAGAGCAUUACCUCACUGUCAGACACUUUACAGUAGCUGAGGAGUGGAGACCUUUAAGAUAGAUUAGGAUGGUAGGCCACACCCUUCCCUCCACUCUCAAUGCUAUGACUUUGAGAAAGGGCUUGGCCUGUAGAGUCUUUGUC